AUGUCAAAGACAAAGAAAUGGACUACUAAGUCGUCACAAGCCAGUGAGCCUAAAUGGUUCACUCACAAUGGGCACUACAACACUGAUCCUGCUGGCGUCAAGAAGAACGGAGCAGGCAAGAAUAAUUGGGGCCAGGCUGUUGACGAUGUCAAUUUGGGCGAGUACAACCGCACUACCACGGCGGGAAGAAGGAACUCGAACCACGAGAUGAAUGAAUUGAGAAUGAACUCGUUGAACGAUUUGGUUGAUCAACAGUUUUCUUGA